AUGUCACUUAAAUCUCAAUUGAGAGUUGGUCAAACUAUUAAUCUUCUUAAUGGAAUCUAUCCUUCUUUUAAUGAUCCUUUCAAAUUAUCAAGUGGGAGUGACAAAGAAACAUUUCAGUUACCACAGGACGUUCUAAAGCCAAAGAAUUAUCUAUAUGAUUUCACUAUUUGUUUGACUGAUAAUUGGAACAUAUUAUAUAGUCAUAUUGUCGACAUUUAUUUGUCAGAAAGGAUUGAUGUGUCUCCAGUCACUGAUGGUAAUGCAAGAUAUUUUAUUUAUAUCGAUGAAAAAGAGACAAUCGAUUCUAUUACUCCCUUUACUUUUUAUCGUCAAAAUAAGCUUGAUGCUAUUAAAUUAAACCUUGCUAAUUUGGCGGGAAUUAACAAUGAAGAUGCUAGUUUAAAUUCAAAUGCUGGAUACUUACUUGUCAAAAUGUCGAGGAUUAAUCAUGUUUGGACACAAAAUAACUUGGAUGAUUUUCUUAGAAAGUCAACUUCCGAUAUUACUUCACCUACGACAAAAGAAUUAAUUGACUUUUUUUCUAAAAGUGGCACACAUUGUAUUUCUGAAAUUACUUUUGGUAAUUGCGUUUAUCAAGUUUUUGUAUAUGAAAAAGAUAAAUACAACUUUGUAAAGUCCAGGAUUCAGAAACAUAAAUUUGUGGAUAUUGCAUCUUUUUUUGAUAUUCAUGGGUAUGUUAGAAUCGGCAAUAAUAACGUAGGGUAUAUCAAAUAUGCAGGUGAAUUGAAAUUAGCUAGUCAAGAUCCUUUACCGGAUAACUUUAAAGAAACUAUUAAGGAUAAAUUAAUAAAUGAUCAAGGACAACCUUCUAUAUUUAAAAUUAAACAAUUAGAACUUUUAGAAAGUAUUUUUAUUAAUACUACAGCAAUUGGACUAAAACUUACUUCACUUAUCGAAUAUCCUGAUCCAAAUCCUUUACGUUCGGAAUGGUCGAACACUCUUGGUUCUGCUAUUCUUCAAAAGUUUGAUCUGCCUAAUAAAUUUCUUAAAUUUAACGAUAAUCGGUGGUCUAAUAUUUAUAAAGAUUUCAUCAGUCCAUUUACAUCAAUUAUUAUAACUCCAACCUUAACAAUUUCACAGGUAUAUAUUAACUUGGAUACUUUUCAUAAAGACCAUGAUUUGAUUUACAUGAAACCAACAAGACUGAUUUUAUUAGCGGAUAUUAUUCACAUAUCUACUGAAGUUGAAUUACCAGGAGAUGAAAUUGUCAUUGCUGCAAGGAUGAUAUCUGUUACUAGUCCUAAAUCAAAGAUUAUUAUUUCUUCUAAUAUAUAUGAAAAUUGUAAAUUUUUUUUUGGUCAAGUUUCACCAGCGAUAGUAAUUCAACAAAAAAAUUCCAUUGAACGUAUGACAAUUUCGGAAAAAGCAACAGUUCUCAUAGUUAACCAACCUGACCUCAAUAACACUAACACUAAUAACGAAAUUCCUAGCUUAAUAGAUAUUAAAUACGUUUUAAAUGAUGAAUACCUCAAAAAUACUUUUUUUUCACAAAUCAAUUCCAGGAUCAUUAAUGGUAUUGAAUUUCUUUUAAUGGCAAUUGAAUCAAUCUCUCAUAUCAGACUCAAUGAUGACAAUGAACUUAAAAUCGCUGCCAAAGAGUUUAUUAUAUGGAUUUUUAAAAUCACUUCAACUCUUCAAAGUAAAUGGAAUGAGGAUUCAAUCAAAAAUUUAAAUCAGAGAGCGUCCAUAUUAUAUUAUGAUAGAUUUCCUUCUCCGAAUACCCCUCUCUUGGUUCCAUUUCUCCGUUAUCAUAAAUACAAUGAUACCAUAAACUCAUAUCUGGAUUCUAUAAAAUUCUAUCAAAUUGAGGCCGAAAAAACAAUUAAUAAAUACAACGAAAAAAUUCAAAAAAUUCAUGAAGCAGAAACACAAACCAUUAACCUUAAUUACAUUAAAGAAAUUUGUAUGUUCCUCAAGAACCAAGCCAUUAUUGAAUCGGAAAAGGAAGAAGGGGCUUCUAUCAUUUACUCUAAAAAUUAUCUUAAAAUUGAUCAAGAUUUGACGGAAAUUACGAAUCAAAUAAAUAAUUUACGAAAUAAAUUGGAUGAUGGAAAGAAGGAUAUGAAGUUUUCGUUCGAUAAAUUAAUAGACGGUCUAGAUGAAUGGAAUGUGGAAAAAGAGCAAGAGAAAAUAACCAAUAUUAUUUCAUAUAUCAAGGGUAUUGGCAAAGUUAUUGUUGCUAUGUUUACGUCAAAUACUGAAGGCAUAGGAUCUGGCAUAACUGACAUAAAAGAAAUCUCCGAUAAAGUGGAUAAAAUCGUGAAAGUUAUUCAGGAAGUCAACAAACUGGUGAAAUUUCUCAAUGAAACACAGGCUAAUCCAACUCUUCCGACUCUGGACAAUAUUCCUACUCCAAUAAUGGCUUUGAAUUGGGAAGAAUGGACUAUACAUGUUAAAAGCGUGCUAAAUCUUAUUCCUGAGGAUGAAAAAAUGCUCACCAAAUUAAAAGAUGAUUAUUAUUCAUCCGUCAAAAUUAUGAAAAUUCGUGGGAUCGCUUUUGUAAAUAUGCUAUAUAAAAAAUACGAAUUAGAAAAUAAUAAAAAGCUUAUUAACCUUCGAAAAGAAAGUGCAAAAAAGCAAAGCGUUGAAUGGAAAAAUAUUGGUGAAAUCUUUACAAGAAACGAUAAAAAAGAAAUCGAAAAAUUUGUCAAAAGUAGUUUAGAUUUUGGAAAUCUUAUUGAAACUUUCAAAGCCAGAGUCAAUCUAUUAACUGGACAACUUGUAAAGAUUUUAAUGGAUCAAGAUAAAGCUGCACAAUAUGAAUACUUUACCAACCCUAUAUUAUUAGAGAGUUACCAAAUUGAUAGUAUUUUGGGCUUUGUUAGAAGUCAACAUACAUCGAUGACAGAAAAAUUAAUUAAUUUUCCUACAUCACCAGUAGAUUUAAAACAACCGUAUAUAUAUUCUAUCGUUACAUCUUCUAAAGUAUUAUCUGAUGAGAGUUCUUCCGGCUUCUAUUUUGAUAUUUCGACCAAUGAUCCUGAUAAAAAGAUCUAUUUUGAAAUUUACACAAAUGCAUCACCUUUUUACGACAUUGGAUAUAAUACAAAUUCAAGGGAAUAUACAAAAAUUUCUUAUUUUCUUGAUCAUCAAGGUUUACUUUUCAGUGGAUUUUAUGAUAUUGAAAAAAAGAAAUAUGAUGCUGAAUUUAUAAAUCGAAAUUUUCGUAAUACAUUUAUACAAAUUACACCAUUUACUGGAUGGCAAAUUCGUAUUCCAAGGGAUCGCUCAACAUAUAAUCAAAAUCUCAAGUUUUUGUCAACUACAAUCAGGAUAAACGUUAUUUUUAAAUUAAAUGUUAUUAUAACUAUUUGA